AAAAUGACAAAAGCAGCUGUGUUCCCAGAAGAGAACAUUAUAAAUACUGGGAGCUUCAUCAGCCAGAGGAAAGAGCAAGAUAGUAUUUGCCAGGAGUAAGAAAAGAAAACACAACAUACAAACUGAUAAGAGAGAAAGCAUUGUUUCAGAUUCCACCCCUCCACCCCCAUGAAACUGUCUAGAAGCAUGGGAAUGCAUCUACUUCUUCUGUCUGCAAGCACAUCUACCAUUAUAAUUUGCAUUGGCAAAUUCUAUCAGGAGUCCUUCCCCAGAGAAUUUUCUUCCGGUUACCUCAUUGGAGAACUUCUAAACAAGUUUGAGCUUCAAGAUGAUUUUGAUCAGUUUUCACAAAACAGGCUUGCCAGUGCAAAACUUAACAACUUUUCUCGAAUGGAACCCACCCUGCAACUUUUGGGUGUGCAGUUUGAUCAAAAUGUGGCCAGAAACAUCAUGACCGAACAGCCUGGGGCUGCUACCAAGCUUAUAUACCAAUUGUACGUGGCUCUGGAGAAAAAGAAGAAAGCAGGGCUCACUGGCGUUGCCAUGGAUGCCAUGAGACCUUCAGCUCACGCAAAGCUGAAGGGCGUGGGAACGGAGAUGUAUCGAGAGCGCCUUAAAUCGCUUGUGCCACGUCAAGCAGAUCUGUCACUCCAGCAGAUUUCAGACAACUUUCACAACAGAGCCAAGAAUCUGGAAAACAAGAUAGCUUCUAUGCAGUUUUUGAAGCAAGAGCAAGAGAAGAAAAUCCAAGAUGAAAAAAAAGCUCAAGAUAUGGAAAAGAAACUUGUGGAAAAACGAAGACAAAAUGAAAUAAUGGCUAAGAUUCAAGCAGCUAUUAUCCAGAUUCCGAAACCAAUGCCUCAGCACACUAUCAAAGCAAUAGAGGAACAAAAAUUACUGAGAAAGAAGAAGGAGGCAGAGAACACAUAUGCAGAAAUUAGGAAAUUUGAGAAGCAGAUGAGAAAAGAAAGUGUCGUGCCCACCAAGCUUACAGAGAGCAUGAUGCAGGUGGUAGCGCAUGUUCAAGAACUAGAUGCAACAACCCCAGCCAUUACAGAGCUGUUGAACACAUACUCAGAUGACGAAUAUAUCAGGAAAAUUCAGAAACGUCUUGAGGAGGACAGCUUUGCACGUGAGCAGAGGGAAAAAAGACGGCGGAAGAUGUUAAGAGAUCAACUGAUAGCCCAUGAAGCACAAGAAGAGGCUUAUAGAGAAGAGCAGUUAAUCAACCGGCUGAUGAGGCAAUCACAGCAGGAGCGAAGAAUUGCAGUGCAGCUCAUGCAUGUACGGCACGAGAAAGAAGUGAUGUGGCAGAACAGAAUUUUCAGAGAAAAACAGUUUGAGGAAAGAAGGCUUAAAGAAUUCCAAGAGGCCCUUGACAGAGAGGCGGCUCUCGCAGAACAAGAGAAAAUUGAGCUUGAGGAACAGGCCCUUAAAGAAAAACAGCUUCAUGCAAAGCUCGCUGCUGAGAGAGCUGAAGCACGCUAUGAAAAACAUUAUGGAAUUUGUUGGGAAGUGAUGGAACAAAUCAUUGAUUUAGUGACCAAAAUAGGAGAAUAUCGAACACUGACCAACAACUUAAUCCCAGCAAAGCUGAUGCGUGACUGGAAGGAGCUAUUCUUAAAAGGAAAACCAAUUUAUGAGCAAGCUGAGAUCGACCCUUUGCCAGCUGAUCCGACUCCGGAGCAAUUAGUAGAACUGGAUAAAAUGAAUUUGCUAGAUGAAAAAGAUUAUGAGGAAUAUAAGGUACUCCCAACUGACAUGGCCUAGUGGAAGAGCAUGCUGCCCAUAAGACCAUUAUUCAUGACAGCUACCAGUUUCUGUAUGGUACACAGGUUUCAUAUGACACAUUUCAUGCUAGUUUAAGGUACAUUUCUGCAUGGUUAAGCAUACUUCAUGCUCUGUUUUGGAGAGACUAGGUUCUUUGAUUCAUCUUUUGGAAGAGUUAUGCUGUUUAGUUUUUAAAAAUGCAGUAACAUCAGCAUGCAAGACUGUCACAGUUGUGAUAAAAGAGUACAUACCUAUUAUUUAAGCAGAGGUUAAACUGUCCUACUUUCCAAUGUGCUGGAAAAUAUAGCAAAAGGAGUGCACAAAACAUAAUACAAAAUAAACAUUGCAUCUGUCAUAGAACGAGUAGUCUUAUUUCAUACAUCACCGUUGACACCCAAUAAAAGCUGGUGAAUUAAUUUUUUUCCUGGUCAUAGUUCUUGGUAUUUUGAGGUCAGCUUAUUUCAGUAUUGUGACUAUAAGGUAGUUCUGAGAAAGAGCUGUUAUUAUCCUAUCCAUUUAAGAACCUUAAGUACUAAUAUUCUAGUGAAGUGCAUCAAAUCUUUCCCCUUCUCCCCUCUUUUUGAAAAGCACAUUGUGAUUACAUAAGUGAAUAUUCAUAUUUUCUUAUACAAGCUUUUUAUGUAUAUCAGGCCAAAAUAAAAAAAUAAAGAAGACAAAAAUGUUGUGGCACAUUAAAGACUAACUGCCAUGUUUUGAUGUAAGCUUUUGUGGACAAAUCAACUUCCUCAGACUGCCUGAGGAAGUCUUUAAGAUGCCACAAUGUUGUUUUCUUCUUUAUUUUUAUGCUAGCAAGACUAACAUGGCUACCUCUUCUAAAGCUUUUUAUGUAGUCCCUCUCCAUAUUUUUCUGUUAUCAGCCUCACUGUCUCAUGGAGGAAAAAUAAACUUUUGAUUGGGUUCAAUCUUCUCUAAGAACUUAUUUACAUCUAGAGUACCAUCUCUACAAAUAGCCUGUGCUCUUUUUAUCUUGUUUGGGAAAUGAAUACCACAUGUGUACGUUCUCUUUGUACCCACAUCCUGAACAAAUUUUAUAUGCUGUACUGCAUUUUGUACCAAGUAGUUAAUCUUAGUUAGAAGUUGGUGUGGAGGAUGUUUUGAUUUAAAAAACAAAAAACUGCUUGCUGCUUUGGUUCUUUUAGGUUUCCAUCUUUGCGAGUAAGAGUCCUUUAUUUGCUCAUGUACCAUGAAAUAUAUGCUAUAUCUGAACAGGAAUUUGCCUGGAAAGGAAAGGGCAUUUUGCUCACUCAACAUAAACAUAUUUGUUGCAUGGUGCUGGAUCCAGACUUAGCUAUCCUUAAAGUAGACCCAUUGAAAUCAAUAGCUGAAAUCUUGUUGUGCAGUUAUGCAAAUAAUGUAACUUUUGGAAGCAAAUUGUUGUAAAAAGCAAAAAGUCUCCAUAUACAUU